UUUCCUUGUCGACAGUUGCUUUCAUCUUCGCAUCAAUCUAUUCGGGAUGGCAACCAACAACAAUAGUUUUCAUGUAAAAGGAAAAGAAGAAGUACAAUUCGAACGGAAAAAUGUGGUUGUAGCAUGUGAUGUGGUCAAUGGAAAGAUUACAUAUGUGGAUGUGAGUAGCCAACUGAUGGGUGUUCUAUUUGCUGGUGAUGAGAUUCUGAAUGUCAAUGGAGAAACUAACAUCAAGACAACUGCUGACUUUAUCCGUGCAAUUAGUGCAAAACUUCCCGGAAAAGUGACAAUUGAAUUCAUGCGAGACGAUCAUUGCCUUGUCACUGAAAAACCAAUGCCACCACGUCGUCCAAAUACUCAAAUGGUUGAGUUGACUUUCACUUAUCGUGGAGGUGCUGCAACAGGGAUUAUCAUUCAUAGAAUGGCAGUUGAUCCAAAAACUGUGACUAUUUCAAUGGUUCAAUCGGCUUCCAAUGCGUGUCACUAUGUCAAGGAUGGAGAUAUUCUUGUUAAAGUUAAUGACAUUUAUGUUCUUGAUCGUGACUCUGCUAGAAAGCUUCUCUACGCGAGUGUCAACAACACAAAAACGGUCCGUCUUACAUUGGAAAGAUCCACAACUACUGAUCCACUUGGUCCUGCUCCACCGCCUCCCGAUGGUGCACAGAGCACACCUGCUGGAGUGAAGAAAUCUGGAAAUUCAGUGAUGCUUCCUCCUCCAAAACCACCCCAAGGAAAAGCCAACAAGCAGUUUGAUGUGCUUCUUCCUCCUGAUGUUUUGGAGAUUAUGAAGGCAAACAAAGAUUUCUACAAGAAACCGUGCAAGAAUCCUCCAUGCAUCAUCAAAACAACCGCCGCAUCAGCCCCUGCUCCAGUUCCAGCCACCUUGCCAUCGGAUCCUGCCCCAGAAGUUCGCAUCCCGUACAUUCCGUCUCCGAAGCCCCUGAAAAUGACUCCAAAACGUGUGGGAUCUUAACUUGAGAAAAGUGUUCGAAAUAAAGUUUUCAAAAAGUGUU